AUGCUUCAGCUCGUUCGUAUCGUCCUCGUCCUGGUUCCAGUUCAGGGCCUGGCCUUCGACUUUGGCCAGUUCACACGCUGCGUGCCCAUUCCCCGCCACAUGGGCAUCUGCCAGGACGUAGGAUACUCUGAGAUGCGGCUGCCCAACUACCUGGGCCAGAGCAGCCUGGAGACCCAGGUGGUGCCACAUUCGGAGCGCUGGAGGCCACUGCUGGAGACAGGCUGCCACCCUCAGGCCAGGGUCUUCCUCUGCUCCCUCCUUGCCCCCAUCUGCCUCGACACGUUCAUCCAGCCGUGCCGCAGCCUCUGCGCGGCCGUGAGGGACGGCUGCGCCCCAGUGCUGGCCUGUCAAGGACAGGCCUGGCCAGAUGUUCUGGACUGCGACCGCUUCCCAGGCCACGACGACAUGUGCCUGUCAGCCACGAUCACACAUGGUAACAUUGUCCUCAAAGGUCUGCCUCGGGCUACCUGCCAGGACUGCCCUGCCACGGAGGAGUUUCCCUCUCUGAAAUCCACAAUGGACGCCAUCUGCCUGAACGACUUCGCUGUGAAAGCCAAGCUGGCUCGCCGGCGCUUCGCUUCAACCGAGACGGAGUUCGAGGUGGAGGGGCGGCUGGAGUUUGUGCGCCAAGGCCCCCUCCUUCUGUACGACACCAGAACCAUGCUGGAGCAGUGGCUGCUGAUCAACCCGCAUUGCGCUCAGGCUCUGGUGCGGCCCGGCCGAGCCCAGCUCUACCUGGUGACCGGCAGGGUGCGGCCCGAUGGCACCCUGGCCCUAGCCCUCCUCUUCCCCUGGCACAAGAAGGACGUGAACCUCGUGGCGGCCUCACGCAAAUGGAAGCAUCACCAGUGCUGA